AUGAUUCUUCGACCAGAUGGAGGAUAUGAAUCUCAAUAUGAGGUAGAGGCGACCCAAGUAAUGUCAGAGGAUGAUGUGGUUGACUAUCCAGAGACUGGAGAGCUACUGGUGACCAGAAGAGCUCUUAAUGCAAAAUAUCUUAUUGAUAAGCUAGGUUUAGAAAAGACAAAGCACCCAAGACCCUACCGGCUCAAAUGGCUCAAUGACGAGACCGUGUUAAGGAUAGCUGAGCAAGUUAAUGUACCUUUCGCCAUAGGCAAGUAUGAAGAUGAAGUAAAGUGUGAUGUGGUACCAAUGAAAGCAAGGCACCUUCUGUUGGGGCGACCUUGGCAAUUUGACAAAGAGACCUUGCAAAAUGGGCGUACCAACUUCUACAACUUCAACCCCAUUGGCCGCAAGCAUAAUUUGGCACCUCUUUCCUCACAAGAGGUUCACGAAAUGCAACAAGCCAUGGACAAAGGCGCUAAGCUAAGUAAAACUAACUUGUUUGUUUCAUUUAACACUGUUUUAAAAUCAUCAGUUCAUCAAGAGCAAGUGCUACUAAUGAUCUUUAAAGAGAACAUGUUUUCAAGUCAGGAAGAAAAAGAAUUACCAUCUGAAAUCCAAAGUCUCAUAGCCAAGUAUAAGGACAUCUUCCCAGAUGAUAUACCAAUCGGUCUACCACCUAUAAGAGGGAUUGAGCAUCAAAUUGACCUAGUACCAGGAGUGCCAUUACCGAACCGACCAGCCUAUAGAGUCAACACUAAAGAAGCUAAGGAACUACAGAAUCAAGUUCAAGAGCUCAUGUCCAAAUGA